CAAAAGAUCUAAUGGACAUUUAAUCUAAAAUCAUCGUAACCUAAAAUUAUCAAAAAAUAAAAAUAAGGCAAUGAGGAUGGCUUUAAAGAGUUUAUUCGAAAAAUGCGGCAUUUUAAAGCGAAAUCCCCAAAUUAUAAGCGUUUAUUUACAACAAAAACUAAUGUCUCAGUACCCAAGCUUCUUUGUUAAACCCGUAUUUCGUAAAGAAGAUCAAACCUCUCUAGCGGAAACUGGCGAAUUACAAAAAUUAGCUCAUAUUCCAACGAGAGCCGCUUUAAACCACCAAACUAGUUCGCUUUUUUACGACCAUCAAAUAAGUUUAUUCAUAAAUUACGUAAUGAAACAAGGGAAAAAAUCGUUAGCAAGAGAUAUUGUAGGAAAAGCUUUCGAAAAAGUAAAAAGAAUCCAACUCGAAAAGUACCACAAAGCCAACGAAACGGAUAAAGAAAACAUCGUGUUAUCGCCAAAAACGAUUUUCUACGAAGCCAUUAAAAAUUGCACCCCCAUUCUACAAUUGACACCGAUUAAAAGAGGGGGUGUUCGAUACCAAGUUCCCGUUCCGAUAACUGAUAAGAGGGGGCAAUUUUUAUCGAUGAAAUGGCUCAUUGAAGCUGCUAAUGAAAAGGAAAGAAAGGUGCAUUUCCCUGAAAAAUUAGCUUACGAACUUAUUGAUGCUGCUAAUAACACGGGGCGUGUUGUGAAGAAAAAACAAGAUUUACAUAGGCAGUGUGAAGCUAAUAGGGCUUAUGCCCAUUAUAGAUGGAGUUAAUUUGUUUGUAAUAAAAUUAAAUAAAAUAAAUUGUUUUUAAGCGACA